AUAAAGUAGGCCAGUGAACUAAAUAAGGAAUAUAGUUGAUAAAUCGCAAAUUAAGUUUAGCUUUAUUUUACACCUGAAACUUCAACAUGAAUAAUAUAGCAGGAAUAAGUAUCCAGAGCACAGCUGGUGCUGUACCUGUAAGAAAUGACAAAGGCGAGGUUUCUAUGCAGAAAGUCAAAGUGCAUCGUUAUGUGUCUGGUAAAAGACCCGAUUAUGCACCUAUGUCAAGCAGCGAAGAAGAGUCUGAAGAAGAUGAUUUUAUCGAACAGAAACGGAGACUUCUUGCUGGUCGGCCUGUGUCGCCAGCAGAAGCUGUUGAACAAGACGUGGAAGCAACAGGAGAGGUAGACCUGGAUGAUCCAAGACUAAGAAGGCUGAAAACUAGGAAGGAAGGUGACCAUGGAGAAGAGAGUGAAGAUGAGAACAGGAUGGAGAGACAUAGGCAUAUUCAUGCACCAGAGAUCCUCGAUGUGGGGGUGUCAGAUGAGGAGAAGGAGGUGCGUCGGAUUGCCAGAAUGGAUGAAAGUGAGGAGGAAGAGGAGGAGGAUGAGUUGAGUGAUGAGGAGAUUGAACGGCGAAGGCAGAUGCUACGUGAGAAGGUUCUGAACCACAAAGAGGACGAGGAGGUGGAGGUACUGGACAAAGAGGAGGAAGGCCACUCACCAGAUGAGAGUGCAUCAGAGUCGUCAGAAUAUGAGGAGUACAGUGACUCUGAAGAGGAAGCGGGUCCACGUUUGAAACCCGUGUUUGUUAGGAAGAAGGACAGAGUCACAGUGAUGGAGAAAGAGCGAGAGGCAGUGCGUCAGAAGCAGGCCGAGAUAGAGGCAAAGAAAAUGGCAGAGGAGCGCCGCAAGUACACACUAAAGAUGGUAGAAGAAGAUAUACGGAAGGAGACAUCCGUGAAGGAUGGUGAUGAACCAUCCUUACAUGAUGUUAACACAGAUGAUGAGAACGAUGAGGUGGAAUAUGAGGCUUGGAAACUGCGUGAGCUGAAGCGAAUCAAACGGGAUCGUGAGGAGAGAGAACAGAUAGAACGGGAACGACUGGAAAUAGAACGGCUGCGCAACAUGACAGAAGAGGAGAGGCGGCAAGAGCUUAGGAACAACCCCAAGUUUGUCACUAACAAAGCAACGAAGGGCAAAUACAAGUUCCUGCAGAAGUACUAUCACCGUGGUGCUUUCUUCAUGAAUCAGGAUGAUGACCUGUAUAAGAGAGACUUCUCGGCAGCGACACUGGAGGAUCACUUUGACAAGACCAUUCUGCCAAAGGUGAUGCAGGUGAAGAACUUUGGGCGCAGUGGUCGCACCAAAUACACUCACCUUGUGGACCAAGACACUACACAGUUUGACUCCCCGUGGAUAUCGGAGACUGCUCAGAAUCUCAAGUUCCACAACAACCAGGCUGCAGGCAUGAAGCAGGUUUUUGAACGUCCAUCUGUCAAGAGGAGCAAAUAGAGAGGGCAGGCUUCAUGCAUGUGGUUGUCACUAUUGUGACUGGAAAUGUGAUGUUCGCUAUAUUGUAUCACCAUUUUUAACAAGCUUCAUUAAAAGGAGUAGGAGUAAAAUGCUGAACCUUUGUGCCCAAGACCGGCUGUGCUCCUUUCCCAUUGCUCUCAUUUUGCAGAUGUGGGCCUUGCCAUGCCCCAGCUGUAUGUGGUGUCAUGAAUACAUAAACAGUGAAUUCCAAUAUGUAGUCAUUUUAUAUGUACACCAUGUUUGUGUAUAUUGCAUCCCAUAUGCAGUUCCAAUUGUUUAUAAAGAACUGUAACACAACAGCACAUUGAAACUUGAAAUGUCAAGAUUGAUGAUAAAAAUACUGUAAAUUAGAAAGAGCUGCUUUGUUUUGCUUCCUGCUGUGUGAACAUCUCUCAGGGUGCCAUCAGAUAAUGAUGUAGAUCAAGGGUCUCCAAACUCCGGCCUGCAAAAGAAUUGUGCA